AUGGCAAGACCAAGUCCUUGUACCACCACCACCAACGGUGAAGUGGCAGUCCAGGACAGUGACGAGGGUACUCCGGUGAAAGCCGAUAUUGAUCCAUCCCCCUCUAAAUUGUCCCGAGCCAAGCCCUAUUGCUUUUGCUGCUUGCGCUAUGGUUUCGCGUGCCUUGUUGGUGCCAUUAUCGCUAUCGGUAUUGUUCUUAUCAUCUUAUGGCAGUACGGACUGCUAGGUGGGAAGGGCACCAACAGGCCAACGGUCAUCGACUUGGGCGAUCUCCCUUAUCCUAUUGCCACUGCCGGCUACACCUCGCUUAACCUUACCCUUACCCCAGUGGCUUCUGCCCUCCAAUAUAAGCCCAAAAUUUUCUUGGUAGAAACUCAGCCAGCGCGCGGUGGGGGAGACGCCAGACGUUUCCUCGCCGACACAUUCACUGAUGGAGCCUGGACUGUUGCCUUACGUGCGAAAUAUGAAUCGAGGCCAACUACGGCAAUCCUCAAUGGCAUGUCGCCGUCAUCCUCGGUCGUAGUGAGGUACAGGAUUGAGAUGGAUGACAAUCGUGUCUCGUCCGGUCAAACACCCACCAACUGGAGCUCGAUGACGGUCCAAGCUGCUGAUGUAUCCAAACCACAUACAGUCUCUGCUCUGUCACCUGAGCAGACUGUUCUUUUUACCGUCACUGCAGUGAACGGCGUAGGUUCGAGCCCCGCAUCCUCCACUUAUACAAUGAAAACUGAUGCUACUGGAGCCAGUGCCCCAGCCAAGGUUGGUACGGUUAGUCCGAGUCAUAUCACAUCAAACUCUGUUGAUCUCGCUUGGCCAGCCACCAAUGAUCACGGCGCAAUGAUCCUCCGAUAUGUGGUGUCUAUCGAUGAACAUCGCACUGUGGAUGUAGAUGGUCAUCGCCUAAACACUACCAUUACGGAUUUAGCAAGAGCUUCCUCCUAUACGUUCAAGGUCCAUGCUGUGAAUUCUCAUGGGAACGGUGAACCGUCUGAUCCUAUCACAGUGAAGACCAAGGAUACUUGCAGUGCGGAUCCUCCAAGUCAACCAACGAUUCAGGCAGUGUUCUCCGAUGGUAUCAGCAUUCGGUGGUAUCCUGCUACUAAUCCUAGCUGCUCUCUUGAAGUCACAGGUUAUCGUGUCGUUUACGCUGAUGGGAGUGGUGUGGCAUGCUCUCCUUCAGCUGGGCUCAAUUUCUGUGAUAUUACAGGCUUGUCUAAUAAGAAAACUUAUUCUGUAAAGGUCCAAGCUGAGAACUCGGCGGGCUGGUCUAACCUCACGACCCCAACCAUCAUCGCUCAAACCCUGGAUAGGGCACCAAGUGGCAUUGGGUGCAACACGAGGGAUCAGGUCCGUUGGUGGAUGUCGGUUCAGAACAACGAUGGUAGUUCACUUUACUAUGACGGAUACAAGUUUACCAAGGAGAUGGUAUCUUGUGCUCAGAAUACACUCGCAGAUAUCGACAAGGACGCGGAGUGUCUGACUGCCUAUACUCGGGAUCCCGGUCGCACUCCCUUCGGUCUAAAACCCCUCAGUGGAGUCUGUGCUAACCUCAUGGGGGUCCUUGCUGAUUGUGGUAAGCAACACUGCAUCGCAGAAUGUAUUAGCGAUGCUGGAAGCGCUGGUUGUUUGGAGUGCAAUCGGAAACAAUGUAUCCCAGCUUUUUAUUCAAACGGUGGUCUAACACGUUCGAUAGCUCCUGAAGAUCCGCGGUCAAGAUAAGAGCGAUGAGGAAUACGUCAUUUUUUCCAAGCGACGUUGUUAUUUCAUUCCGUAUUGUAGUCUAUACGAAAAGUGUUCAAUCAGGAAUACUUGCUCGACUUUGUUCGGGUUGUAGUAUCUAUUUGAGGAGCUUUCGACC